AAUGAAGGAAAACAAGUAACAUGUGUAGCUCAUUUUGAAAAUGUCUGCAUGUUAAAGUUCCCUGUAAUUGUUAAUCAGCUAUUAUUAUUUGAUUCAUUUCUAAAAUGGUACGUAAGUUGAAGUAUCAUGAACGUAAACUACUCAAAAAGGUUGAUUUUAUCAACUGGGAAGGAACCAAUAUAAAGGAAAUUUCUGUAAUGAGAAAAUAUCACAUUACUAGAGAUGAGUAUACAAAGUAUAACAAAUUAGCCCAACAAAUUAGGAAGCUGGUUGAAAAAAUAUCUGCAUUGCCUAAUGACCAGUUUAGAAUCCAGUGUUCAGCUGAAUUAACUGAUAGACUUUACACUUGUGGAAUUAUCCAAACAAAAAGGCUUAAAAAAUGUUCGCUGAUUACCGCCAAGUCAUUUUGUCGCCGAAGACUUCCUGUUUUAAUGAUUCAAAGUGGAAUGUUUAGUGCUCCUCUUUCUGUUGCAGUCAAAUAUGUUAAGCAUGGACAUGUUAGAGUCGGACCCAAUGUUGUAAAAGAUCCAGCACUUUUGGUAAAUAGAAACCAGGAAGAUUUCAUUACCUGGACUGACAAAUUUCAAGAAAAGAUUGCUGAUUACAAAGAUGAUCAUGACGAUUAUGUGGAUUAAUUGAUAUUUUUUAUGAGUAAAUUACGUUAAAUCAUAAAAAUUUUUCAUCUAUAAUUUAAUAUUGCAGAUUCAAAUUAAACAAGUACACAGUGAUUGACAAUUAGUCUUACAAUAACAAAUUAAUUCAUAACGACGUUUAUAUCUUCAAAUUUACAAUAAAAAGUGUUUGAUAACA